AAGAUGCGUCUUACUCACACCUCCAUCUUAGUACUGGCUGGACAAUCAGCUGCGGCUGUGUUGUCGAAGGUGGCAAACUCGACCUCGCAGGAGCAGUCCUUCGCCAACCUCACUGUCGCACUUGUACGUUCCGCUCCUGCGAACUGGCCAAUGCCGCUGUUCAACAAGAAUUGGAGCAAUGUGACUUUCGACAUCAACAAGACAGUCGAACUCGGUGUUGGGCAUAUUGCUGAAGCGGCCUCGAGUGGAGCAAACCUCGUCGUCUUUCCAGAGCUUUGGUUUCCUGGGUAUCCCAAGGGAAUUGAUGAAGCCUGGAUCGCAAAGCACUCGGAGGAUUACUACAAUAACUCACUUGAAGUCGGCAGUGAACAUUGGAAGCGUCUACUUGCUGCUGCCAAAGACAGUCAUGUCUAUGUUGCCCUUGCAUUCUCUGAGAAGACAGCGCAGUCCAUCUACAUGGGUCAAGCACUUAUCUCGCCUUACGGCGAGCUUCUGCACUUGCGCCACAAGCUGAGACCAUCUGGCAUCGAACGCUCCUUGUGGAGUGACGGCUCUGUUGAUGGACUGAAACUUUCUCUCUUACUGACACACCUCGCCUGCAGACAUUUCCACCCAACCAUGACCUUCAACAUGCAAGUCCAGAGAGAAGACGUCCAUAUCGCCGCUUUUCCGUACAUGCCCGACUACAAAGGUUCUCAAGCUCUGUACUGGGAGAGUGUCGAGGUGAAUGAGGCGGCCGCCCGUACAUACGCGGUCAACAGUGGUGCAUACACCCUCUUUGCUUCCGUUGGCUACUCUUCCAUCAUGGAUGGCACAGGUGUCACAGUCGCAAAGAUAGAAGCAUCCGUUCCUUUCGACCAAACACCCAUACUAUAUGCGUCUAUCAACACUACCGCAUUCUCUGAUACUUCCUACGAUGUCAACAGCGAACAGUCUUGGGCGGCGCUCGAGCAGAUGAAGACAGGAUUUCCUUACUACGUUCCGAAGGUCCCCGGCAAGUUCUUCGAUCAGAAGACAAUCGUCAUCGAGAACCUCGUUGCUUGGGGCGGCGCAUACCUUGAGUCGAACGGCACCACCAGCGAGCCAAUGCCUGGGUCUACUUCGUAA